CCCGCCUUUCCCGUCUCGCGCCGCCAAAUGCCCUCCUCCUUCGACCAGGGCGCCCAGACGGGCGUCAUCCUCACCACGGCGCUCGCCAGCUUCGUCACCGGCUGGCUGUUCGGCGUCUUCACCACGCGCGGGUACCUCAUCUCCCCGGGGCUCGCCGAGGAGCGCCGCCGCUUCCACCGCGACCCCGUCGAGAGCGACGAGAGCGACGUCGACGAGGACGACUCCCUGCUCGACCACGCGCCCAACUGGGCCAACGGCGUCCAGGCCGACCGCAGGCAGGGGCUCCGCGCCGACGCUGCUGGUGCUGCCGUUGCUCGCGCGCCGUCCACCGGCGGCGGCGGUGGCGGCCUCGUGGAUAAUGGCGAGGAGUGCAAGCUGGUGCUCGUCGUGCGGACGGACCUGGGCAUGACAAAGGGCAAAAUCGCCGCGCAGUGCUCCCACGCCACCCUCGCCUGCUUCAAGGCCCUCUCGCGCGCCGCCCCCGACUCCCCGCAGCGCAAGGUGCUCGCCCGCUGGGAGGCCCUCGGCCAGGCCAAGAUCGCCGUCCAGGUCAAGAGCCAGGACGACAUGCUCGAGCUGCGGCGCCGCGCCCGCGCCCUCGGCCUCCCCGCCGAGGUCAUACAGGACGCCGGCCGCACGCAGAUUGAGGCCGGUAGCAUGACCGUCCUCGGCGUCGGCCCGGCCCCCAGGAGCCUCGUCGACCAGGUCACUGGCCACCUGAAGCUGCUAUAGUAGGACGAGGCAA